ACUUUAGAAACUGGUAAAAUGGUUAUUUUAAUGAAGACACCAGUAAUACAAAACCAAUGCAGAGCAGCUAUACAAUGCUGCUAUAAGUUGACAGAAAAACCUUUGAUUAGAAUGCAGUUAGCAGGUAAAUCAAUAUGAAACAUGUGGAAUGUAUGUGUCUGGAAAGAGAAUUGACCCUCUUUUCUAUAAGAUGCGCUAUUAAAGGAAUGUGUAGCAUUCAGAGAAAUGUUAGCUGAUGUUCUGCAAAGACAUGGAUGAUGAAAACAAACUGUGUAUGGUUAACUUGUCACUGUUAACACUGUGUCUCAUGGUGUAAAAUGAAGAUGAUUUCUGCAAGAAUUUUAUUUAGUUUUACAUGUGUUACAAUAAAGUGAUAUAAUGGACAUGGAUACAGGUGACAGUGGGAAUGUACCCCUGCAGUCAAGGCCAGAAACAGCAGAGGAAGAGAUAGAGCAAGAUGAAUGUUCAAAAAGUAUUGCUAGCAUAGCGACAGUGGAAGCUGGUAGUAACACUGCUAGCAGAUCGAACAGUGCAACUGUGAGCUAUGACCAUAAUAGUGAGAGAAACAGCAGAGAAACUGGUGAUGGUUCACGGGAUAUUUCAACACCUUCUACAAGACAACAGACUCAGCAACAACGGAGAUCAUCAAGAUGUGGUGCUGCAGCUGUGCAUCCAACACCUAUCGGUCUUGCAGUCCGGGAAGCUUUUGUAUUUCGGACAACACCAGAUGUACCAGAUGGCUCUGAGGGUCAGCCUGCUGGGACACACACAAUUGAUGAAAAUCCAUCCUAUCUGGAAGACUCAACAGCAGGACUUCCUGGUGGUCUUCACAAAGCACAAGAUGCAACAUCGCUUCCUGACACAGAAACACUAAUGUUUCGAGAUGGACGUCGCCGUAUUGACAUGGUUCUUGUAUAUGAGGAAGAAGAGCUAGGUGUCAUGACAGAAGCAGAGAUGUUACGAAGGGAGAGAAGACGUGUCUUCCAGGAGAACCUCCUUGCUGCUGGGUUGGAGCUAGAGCUGGAGGGGAAAGAGAUGGCUUUUGACCAGAAAACAUUCUUUCUCAAAAUCCACAUUCCAUGGAAAGCCUUGACAAGAUAUGCAGAAGUAAUGAAUUUGAAAAUGCCUACUAAGAGAUUCAUAGCACUUUCCAGCAAUGCUUGGGUAAGUGACCGUAGAGAAAAGGAGGAAGAAUCAGAAACACCAGGAUUCCCCUUUAAGUUCAAGAAAAUGUUUGAAUACAACCAUAACCGUAUUGCAAAGGAACCUUCUUUUUAUGAAGCAUCGUACAGCAAGGACCAGGAAGAACAGUUUGUAGUGAAGGAAAGAGAACUCUUCUACACUUCAGCUCAGAGAAGCCUUGUUGUGUGGCAAGUAAUGAUGAGAACAAAGUAUGAUGAAAGUGAGAAGUGCGGCAUCCGCAGACUCCUCAACAAUAAAACAUAUUUGGCAGCAUUUCCUUUACAUGAAGGGAAAUACGCUCAUGAUGCAUCCAGUGGAUAUAUUUUUGAUAGGAGGUUGCUGUAUCUUGAGUGGGCAUCUCUGUCAUGUUGGUAUAAGAAGCAACCCUUUUGGCUCAUCAAGAAAUAUUUUGGUGACAAAAUAGGCCUGUACUUUGCUUGGUUGGAUUUCUACACCAAGAUGCUUAUUCCUGCUGCUAUAGUAGGUCUGCUUUGUUUUCUUUAUGGUGCAGCAACACUAUACUCUAAUGAUAAUGUACCAAGCCUGGAGAUCUGUAAUAUUACUGGACCUGGCAAUAUCACACUCUGUCCACAUUGUGACAAAGCAUGUCCUUUUACCAGACUGUAUCAGUCAUGUACAUUUGCAAAACUCACAUAUCUGUUUGACAAUCCAGCUACUGUCUUCUUUGCUAUUUUUAUGUCUUUCUGGGCUACCACCUUUCUUGAACUCUGGAAACGACGACAAGCAGUAAUUGUGUGGGAAUGGGACUUGCAAAAUGCUGAAGAAGAUGAAGAACCAAGACCAGAAUUUGAGACAUCAGUUAAAACAUUCCGCAUCAAUCCAGUCACACAUGAAAAAGAGCCAUAUCUUCCCACAUGGAGCAAAGCUUGGAGGCUUCUGGCAACUACUUCAGUCGUGUUUCUCAUGGUUGUUGUUGUGAUGGGGACAGUUCUAGGAACAAUAAUCUACAGAAUUGCACUAAUAACAGUGUUUCAUAGCAGUGGAGGUUUCUUCAGUACACAUGCCAAGAUUUUCACAUCGGUCACAGCUGCUGUUAUCAACUUAACGAUCAUCAUGAUUCUGACAAGGCUAUAUCAGAGAAUUGCAACACUUUUGACAAACCUAGAGAAUCCAAGGACUCAAACAGAAUAUGAAGACAGCUACACUUUCAAGAUAUUUGUCUUUCAGUUUGUGAAUUUCUACUCCUCAUUGAUCUACAUAGCUUUUUUCAAGGGGCGCUUUUAUAAAUACCCAGGUGACAAAGAAGCACGCCGUGAUGCAUUUCAAAGACUUACACUGGAUGUUUGUGACCCAGCAGGCUGCCUAUCUGAGCUCUGCAUCCAGCUGGCCAUCAUCAUGAUUGGCAAGCAGUGUUUCAACAACUUCCUUGAGAUCUUCUUACCGAAACUACGCAACUGGUGGCGUAAGAGGUAUCACAUAUCAAAUACAAAGGAUUUAGAGCGCAGUUACACCCGCUGGGAAGAAGAUUAUCACCUUGAGGAUUCGGGACGACUUGCUCUUUUUGAAGAAUACCUUGAAAUGGUAAUUCAGUAUGGUUUUGUAACUCUUUUUGUGGCUGCAUUUCCUUUGGCUCCUCUGUUUGCAUUGCUAAACAACAUUGGUGAGAUUCGAUUGGAUGCAUAUAAGAUGUUGACCCAAGCUCGACGUCCACUGGCAGAACGCGUAGAGGACAUUGGAGCUUGGUAUGGGAUUCUUCAGGGGCUCACCUACACUGCUGUUGUUUCAAAUGCAUUUGUCAUUGCAUAUACAAGUGACUUCAUCCCACGUAUGGUAUACAAAUUUGUCUAUUCACCAGACAACACAUUAACUGGUUACAUUGACUUCUCACUUUCUGAAUUCAAUACAUCUGACUUCCAGAAAGAUAUGAUACCUGAUGAUGAUGGAAAUCCCAAAACACCACCUCCACAGACUUGCCAAUAUAGAGGUUAUCGUAACAAUGCCACUUCUGAGGGUCCGUAUGGCCUUUCAGCUGUCUACUGGCAUGUGUUUGCAGCCAGACUUGCAUUUGUUGUUGUAUUUGAACAUAUUGUGUUUGCACUGACAGGAAUUAUGGCAUAUGCCAUACCAGAUAUUCCACAAGAGGUCCAAACUCAAGUGAAACGUGAGAAGCUUUUGGAAAAAGAAAGAAAGUAUGAAAUUGGCCUCAAAGCAGCAGGUUCUCCAAGUAAUUUUCGUGACAGAGAAGAUGGAAGUAAACUUCAAGGGAGAUUACAGCUGCCUCCACUUUUGCCUCCUGGGACAGCAAGAGAAUCAAACAACUGGUGGGCUCGGCGAGUGAGCAAAGUACGAGAUGUAUCAACAAGUCUUGCAGCUCUCAACAAAACAACCACUUAGCACCAAGAAAAUGAAUUGUACAAUACUUUCUCCUGAUGCUGCAAAGCUGAAAAUCAUUUUCUUGGCUAUCUGCUGUUCAGAACUUUUAUCUUGUACGUAUAUAUUUCAAAGAUAUUAACACAAAUGCAGAAGACCAGUACCUACUAAAGAAAAUUGUAUGUGACUUGGUCUGAUUCAGAAAGCAUUGCUCAAAUAAAAGAGAGAGUUGUAUGGAAUUGUUGGCUAGGAGGCCCUGAGGAGUAAAUCCACCCUCCUAAUCAGAAAGGGUUUUAUGCCUCCAUGCAUAAUGGCCCUUUUCUUUGCAGUGUGUAAGAGUUGUGUCUUAAGUGUCUCUGUAAUGAAUGUUUGUAUAAUAUGGUGCCAUACUUGUGUCUCAUGAUGAUGAGAGAAGGUAGGGGGUGAAAACUGCUGUCAGCAAUAGCCUACUCUUCUCAUGUAGCACAAAGGGGUCCACUGAGCAUAAAGUCUCCAUCUGAUCAUGCUGUAGGACACUGUGGGGGGUUUGGAAUUUAAUCUAAGACAUUGAUGCCAAGUCUGGUGAUCAUUCCUCUUUCCCUUUGCUGACCACAUACAAGAGAUGAAAAUUUCUUCCGCCACCAUGUUUCAGACCAACUACCUCUGAACUGAGUGCCAUCGCACAGUCAUGCAUUAGCAACUUUUGCUAUGGAAAUUCCUAUAUUUCAGAUGAAAAACAUUUUUAACUGUUAGUCCUUCAGCUAGUGAUUACAGAAUAGGUGCCACUGAAUAUGACUGAUAGCAUAAAUAAAUUGUAUCCAAGUAAGACUCUGUGUUCUGAAUGGGUGCUGAAAUAUAGAUACUCAGCAUUUCGUAUGUGCAACUGUUUAUUGAUCUGUAGAUAUAUAUGUAUUGUUCUGUGCAUUUUGACAAUUUUGCCAUCUUUGUUUUAUUACUGUUUUGAGGUAUCCACACAAAAAAAAACGAAGAAGUUUGGAAAUAAUAAAACUUGCUUGUUGCAUCAGAUACAAAGAUUGUUAAAUUGAAAAUGUUUUAUUGUUGAAGAUGAUGGGACCAUUUAAUAGUCUUAGGAUUCUAUUAGCAAUGCAUCCAGUAUAUGUAACUUAUUUCUCUACCUUCAGAGUAGUAAUUAUUGCCAGUACCUUAUUAUAGGAAUGUUGUGACUGGUGUUGCAAAUUGAGUUAUAUACCAUCUACAAAGGCUGUGACAAGUACAAAAAUA